AGCUCCUUGGCUCAGCUGACAGCGACGCUGCCUAUCUACAUUUCAUCGUCCACAGAUGGUGGGCUGGAUGAAGCACUUUUUCAUCACCUACCGCUAAACUUGUCUCGCUGCUCCAACUGCAGCAAGCGCUAGCUAGCGCUCAGGAGCUCAUUACCAGGAAGAAGCCGAGAUGAUGUCUGCUGAAAAUGACUUGUCAAUUGAGAGCACCUUAGUGUGUCACUUUCUGCUCAUUAAAAGGCUCAGUGUCUGAAGCAAAUUACUAAAAAUGGAAUUCAACAUUGAGGGCACCAGGCUGAUGAAGACAGGUACUUGCCAAACUUCAAACCCAACCGCAGACUGAACCCUUCAGAGAACAUGGACCAAAACUCAAGCCUCGGAAGUAGAUGAUGUGAUUUUUAUUUUUUAAGCUGCCGUAAGAAAGCAGCUGAUACUUAGUUCCAUGCAAGAGACCAACUGAACAAAGCGUACAGAAAGGGGGAGUCCGGACCACUUGCUUAGGUAUCAUCAUGGGAAAGGAGCAGGAGCUGUUGGCAGCAGUGAAAAGUGGAGAUCUUCUGCUGGCUCACAAGCUUCUCUCCCGACUGAAGUGCAACAAAGCGAAGUUGCUGGGCUCCACUAAGAGGCUGAACAUAAACUUCCAGGACUCAGAUGGUUUCUCGGCAUUGCACCAUGCAGCUCUGACAGGAACCACAGAGCUGCUGUCCCUUGUGCUGGAAGCCCAGGCGACAGUGGACAUCAAGGAUAUCAAUGGUAUGCGGCCCCUCCAUUACGCAGCCUGGCAGGGUAAAGCUGCCUCUGUCUUACUGCUGCUCAGAGCCGGGGCGUCCGUCAAUUCUCCCUCCCUUGAUGGGCAGAUACCGUUACACCUUUCAGCUCAGUACGGACACUAUGAGGUGUCGGAGAUGUUGCUCCAGCAUCAGUCCAAUCCCUGUCUGCUUAACGUGGCCAAGAAGACUCCUUUAGAUUUGGCUUGUGAGUUUGGCAGGCUAAAGGUGGCACAGCUGCUUCUCAACAGCAACAAAGUUUCUGCUCUGUUAGAAGGAGACAAAGGACAGGAUAGUCUGGAGUCUCCAGCGUCCACCUGUCUGCACCUUGCUGCCAGGAAUGGACACAAAGAUGUGAUCAAGUUGCUGCUGAGAUCUGGCAUCGACAUCAACAGAUCCACCAAAGUGGGAACGUCUCUACACGAGGCCGCCCUCUAUGGGAAAACUGAAGUAGUGCAGCUACUGCUUGACGCUGGGAUAAGUGUCAACAUCCGAAACACUUACAAUCAGACCGCUCUGGAAAUCGUCAACCAGUUCACCUCCUCAUCAGCGGGCAGGGAAAUUAAGGAACUGCUAAGAGAGGCAUCAGGUGCUCUCCGUGUCAAAGCAAUAAAGGACUACUUGAAUCUCCAUGACCCCACAGCCCUGAAUCUCCGAACUGGAGACCUUGUGAUGGUUCUGGAGCAACAUGCAGAUGGCCGCUGGAAAGGUUGCCUGCAUGACACCCAGCGAGGGACAGACCAUGUUGGCUUCUUCCCGUCUUCUGUGGUGGAGGUUGUCAGUCGAAAAAUAGGUGACCGGAGCAGCAUCGACAGCGCUGACAGUGCAGGAAGCAGCCGCAGUGCCGGCAGCGGUCAGAGCGCAGAAAGUGACCGCAGACAGAACGGGAUGUUACAUCAGCACCGGGACAAUGGCACGCUGAUGCCAUCUGCUGGUGAGCAGGAUUCAUUGUUAAGGAAAACAGAUAGAAGAAACCAGAACAAAUGCUCAGGUGCCAUUCAUAACAAGGUGAAUGGAAUUCCUCAGGGGGGCUUCAAAAGACCUGCACAAAUCCUAGAGGGGAAGGACUCUGAGGCCAUAUAUCAGUGGCUGCGUGAGUGCCAGCUGGAGCAGUACACGUCCAACUUCAUCAAUGCAGGAUACGACGUUCCCACAAUCAGCAGAAUGACCCCAGAGGACCUCACCGCCAUCGGUGUGACCAAACCAGGGCACCGCAAGAAGAUCUCAGCUGAGAUUAGGAAACUGAGCAUCCCUGAGUGGGUCCCUGACUAUGUGCCGAGUGAACUGGCGGAGUGGCUGAGUGUGAUUGGGCUUCCUCAGUACGAGAGGCGGCUGCGUGAGAACGGCUACGACUCCAUCUCCAUCGUCAGAGACAUCACCUGGGAGGACCUGCAGGAGAUAGGCAUCACCAAACUGGGUCAUCAGAAGAAGCUAAUGAUCGCAGUUAAGAAACUCAAUGACAUACAACGUAACCGUAACCAGCUGGACAGAGGAGCAACUCUGCAGGAGAAGAUACCCGAUUUGGUGGCUAUUGAACACGCACCAAUCUUCACUGCCCAUGGUCACAUGCAGUGUGACAGACCAGCUGAAACCAGUAGCCCAUCCCCUCAUCCCCCGAGAGCUCUGCUCUCCUUUCAAGAUUGUGAGCUCAGCGCCGAGCUACAGAACGCUAUGAUGGGUGCGGCCGGGGCCGCUGAGAUGUGCUCUGUUUCUGUCAGUCAAGAGAGCAUUAGCUUGAGAUCAAAUAGCUCUGGAAAUUCAGAGAAUUCUGGACAGUCAAACCCGGGAUAUUCCUUUUUACCUCCAGCGAGGACUCAAAGAGUUUGUGAGGAAAAUCUCGAUAGCAGUAAAUUGAAGAAAGUCAAGCCGGGAGGAUGCAGUCCUGGAGGCAGAAAUGGCCAGAGAACACCAGAUAUGAGGGAAAACCACAGCCAAACAUCCAACAUGCCACAAACUCCCCCACUAACGCCGAACAAAAUGCCUCACUACGCCUGCUCUGAUAUCACACCAGCAGCUAAACACUAUCAGUCUCCUGUCGGACCCAGUCACCUAUGCUAUGAUUCGCCCACUGCUCCUUCCUCUCCCUCAGCGAGGUCCAUUAACACUCCGCUCGGGGGCUUCACCUCCACUCUACGCAGGACGUCCAAGCCUCCACCUGGUGCUGUACAGCUACCUUGUGCCGGUGCUGUCCCGAUGCCAGGACUCAGCCCAAGACAAGACUCCAGGAUUCAGACCAAAAACAGCCUUUCCAAAAAGGUGGACCAAAAUUCAAAUCGAUGUGCGCUGUCCGACGGUGAGGUAGAUGACGAUGAUGAUCGUGCUCCUCCGACUAACUCCGCUUCGUCAGUUAUUUUGCCUUCAUAUGCCACUCUUUCUCGCCGGCCGGGACGGGUGCAUGCGAGCUCUGCAGGCGCUCAGGGUAACUUUAAUAGAAGCCACUCUUUCAUAGUUCGCUCACGACGUAAAGGGCCGCCUCCUCCACCGCCGCUGAGGAUGAGUUCAGUAAGCAACAGCCCGACACACAAGGUGGAAAAAGAUCAAGUGGAUGUCACCGAUUGGAGCGCAACCAGUGUGAAAAGCAUUGCAGCUAUGCUUGAGGGUAGUUGCAUUAGUCCCUCCAGGAGGAUUGACAUUCCGCCCCCACAGAGCCCAGUGUCACCUGUGUCUUUGCCGGUGUCCUCCCCAAUUCUGCCCAGGUCACCUCACGUACCAUUUCAGCACUCCAAACCUGUUCCCGCAUUAGGACUGGGAGGUCUCAGGAGGCCUGGGAGUGAAAGAACAGAGGAAAGACAGAGGGGUAGAAGUGGUGUCCAUCAGGACGAAGAAAACCCAAAGAAAGCUGAAAAGUUUGUUGAAAAUGUCCCUCUUUUGAAAAAGCAACACGUAAGCCAUCUUCCCUUUGCAGAGGAAGGUAAUUUGACCAUCAAGCAGAGGCCCAGGGUGGCAGUGGCUCCUCUGACAGAUGCAGAAAUCUGUGGUUAUCCUGAGAGUCCACUCCAAAGUCCCUGCCACCUGGACCCGCCCGAAUUCAAUCUGAAAGAAUCGGACACGGUCAAAAGGCGCAAUAAAUCCAGAGACCAACAACCUUCUACACCAGAGGGGCCCUUCACCCCUGACAGUGAGGACCACUUCUCUGACUGCUUUGUCAGGAACCACAAUGAAGAGAAUACUCAAAGAAAUGCUUUUUGUAGAAUGGGUUCCAUGGGAAAAGGUGUAAAAACUUCAGUGUCCAGUAAACCUCCUAGUCCUCUGAAAAAGACAAUGAAUGAAAGACCAGCCAACCUGCAAAAUAUGGCCUCUUCCCCGAAUCGAGGUAAUGUAAAUAUGUCAUCACCUGAGGAGGUCAACAUGGUUUCCUCUAGUAAUGGUCUGCAUGGACCAAACGGUACCAGGACUCCGAAUGAUGUGGACUGGCAAGGAAGCGUCUUUCAAAGGAAUGGUUCCUUUGGAAAAGGCUUAAAGGCCUCUACACCUCCAAGUCCUAAACCCAAGCCUUCUCUGGGCAGUCCAGCCCCUCGUCAAAGAGCCAUCCCAAGUCCAGCACAACAGUCCACAUCUGUGGAAAGUCCGAAUGACGACCGAACUCACAACCACACGCCUUCGCCGGCUGCCAUCGGUGACAAUGUUGAUGCACAAAGAAAUGUGUUCCAGAGAAAUGGAUCAUUCGGAAAAGGACCAAAACCAUUGGUUUCAAGGAAACCGUCAAGUCCUUUGAAAACAAACCUAAACUCCUCCCCCAGAAAUUCCCAAAUCCCCAUCCUACCAAUUUAUUCUGAGGCUGAAAAUCCAUCCAUUGUGAGAGAAGACCCGAAGCUGCCAAAUAAAGUGCGAUCGCCCAAUGUUGAAGAUCAGCUGAAUGGGUUCCAAAGAAACGGGUCCUUUGGAAAAGGCUCUAAACCCAUCAUGUCUGUGAAGCUGUCCACUUCCAUUCACAGCAAACCAAGCGUCCCUCAAAAGACUCUCCCAGGACAUGGAAGUUCACAUGUCCCGGCACCUGAGAAGAUCCACAGUCCCCUCAGAAAUGGCAACAGCUUGAACAACAAUGACCUUGAACAAGUUCAGGACAGUUUACUGAAUAAUAAUGACUUCCAGGGAAGUGUUUUCCAGAGGACCGCUUCUGCUGGAAAGGGAACAAAGCUAAUGACGCCCAGUAAACCUUUGAGUCCUUUAAGAAAAUCUGCUGACAGAGGACCAACAGCCCCCGAAAAGAUGGUCACAACCGCUGCACCUCCUCCUCAAACGUCCAUCCCCAAACUGAGCAAUGUACAGAUUCACACCAUCUCCCCAAAACCAGGCACUCGUAUACAGACCUGUAUACCCAGUCCUAAACUGAAGCGACACCCUCAGACAGUGGUGUACGACCUGGACAAUGAGCAGAGCGCUGCAGUGACACGUCACCAACCCAGCCCAGCCUCGCCCAGACUGCCAGGCUAUAACCUCAAUCGUGUCCCGGGUGCUGCGUAUUCUGCGCCCUGCUCUCCUGCUCACUGCAUCCCAGGCCUGGCAGGCUGUGAAGGCAAAGCUCAGGUGUUUCACCCGGGCGUCGCCGGCCUGGAGAGGCUGGCUCAGAAGAGGCUGGAGGAGACGAGCACUUCACUGGAGGCUGUGCUCAAAGUGGCUGAGAGCAAACUGCUGCAAGGAAGUCUCACCAGCAGCAGCAGCAACGUGAAGGCAGCAGGGAACAUCCUGGACGACAUCGGCAACAUGUUUGACGACCUCGCAGACCAACUGGACGCCAUGUUGGAGUGACUGUGUGGACGCUGAUGGUCCAGAUGAUGGGUGGAGGACAGCCGCCUGAAGCUUCUCUAGAUUUGCCUCCAGUCAAAUGAAUGUUUAGGGUUAGAGGUGAUGGAAAAUAGCUGAGACUACCACGCUUUGAGAAACAUGCGCUCGAGACACAGGGACUGCUAAGGGUCCUGCGCCUUCUUUUGUGGACCACUUGCUCCUUUGUACUCUGCACUGUUGCACUUAACAGAGAUCAGUGAAGCUGCUGUGACUGAAAGUUAGAGCCACAGUUGAGCCUCAAUAAUAAUCAUUAGGACUUCAAGCCACAAACCUGAUUCUUUUUUUUUUCAACUGUAAAAGAGAAGAGAUGUUUACCGGAGACAAAUCUCUUGAAAGUAUUUGCUUUGGCUUGAUUUUUUUUCUGCGGGGCACAAGUCACUGACUUGUCAGAGUUGACUCUCAGUCAUGGGCCCCACUGUUGCUUAACUGUCUAAACCUGACCUUGUUUAACCAAGAAAGACACACUAGACUGAACUCUUGUUCCGCUGCCAUGAGAGCUGCAACUGAUGCAAUGCAUUGUGGGACUUGCAGUAUGAGCGUUGGAAGGGCUUUUUAUUGGCCCAUUAAUAACAGACAUUAGUAAAUUAUGUUGCCGGCCAUGCUACUGUGUACAUAUGUAAUUUAGAUGCUCAUGAGGUAAGUUAUUUUGCAGAAUUGUAGUCAGCUUGAUCAUAAACUCCUGUUUAGGUGUGAACACUGGUGCUAGUCCUUUAACUGAUACUAUCAUCGCUCAUACAGCAGCAGGUGGGAGCCAGCGGGACGCCAUCGCUGACCCCCUGUUGAAGGUGAGGCUUCAUGAAACAGUGUUCUUACCUUCAGAGCCCAGAGAGGUUUAAUCGAGCCAACUGUUCAAAGCCAACGAUUUAGAGCUGAGAGUGCCAUCUGGUGGGCUCUAAAAAUGAGACUGUGUCAUGAAGCCUCAUCGGCCCACCAGCAAUGACGUGCGUGUGUGGUCGCGCCAUUGCUUGUUGCUUUAGAGGUGUAGAGUUAGCGCUAGCCUAUAGGUAGUGUGUGCUUCAAGCAGCAAGUUUACGUUGGCCAGAGUUGUAACACCUCUGUUUGGAGGCAAGGCCACGUGUGCAUGCACAAGCCACAGCUGGAGGUGCAGCAAGUGGUGGUGCGGGGAGCAGGUGACACAGUGACUGAGCUGCCAUUAAAACGGACAGUGAAAACUGAGCACUUGUCGCUCCCGUCAUCUCUCCAGACAGGAUCCAGCUGUGGUCGGCUCAGCGUCUGCCUCCAACCACACCUGCAUGUUUUAGGGAAGCAGGGUCAAACCUGAGCAUGGUCCCGAGCAUUCAACCAUGAGUACUCUCUGUAAAUACUCCUCUGUGAACAGGAAUGAGUCACCAUCGUUGUAUAGUUGUUGUGAACAGAGAGCUGUUGCUCUUCAUGUAAAUAGCACCAUUUUUAUCUGACGUAUUGUGUUCCUCAGGUGAUGAAGCAGCGGCGUCUGGCACAGGCUUUGUUUUGCUCCCACCAACUCUGUCAGCCUCUCAAGCCAGAAGGUGCCAGAGAUUUGCAUUGCAAUAGACAUGGUUCUAUUCAGAAUCACAAUCAGCAAUGGGUCGGAAAUAUGGAUGAAAUGAAAGACGAUGUAAAAAAGUGUUAUUGGGCAGGACUUGGGGACGGGAUGGGGGGCAAUAAUGAAUCAUGAUUUUACAUAAUCGCAUUAUAAUUGAUGACAAUUCUUAAACUACUGAAUUUCACAACAGGGACGUUUUGCUAUUUUGGUUUUAAUAAGUUCUUUGUGCUCUGUUUUUAUUCCUGGGCAUCUAUGAAAGCGACGGAUGUGAGGGGAAAUGAAAUGAAGUAGAAUGGUACAAGUCUGGUUUAUUCAGUUUUAACAGAAUUUGCUCAAGUGAUAGAAUAAAAAGCACUAUAGAAUUAGUAACUCCUCAAACUCCAUUCUUGUUUUAAGAAACUUUGGGGUCGAGCAAAGCAGGAUCUUUUGUUAUUUCCAUUUCAUUGAUCGAUUCAUUUCUACCGGUGUGUGUUGGUCCAGACGAUGGGCUGCUCAAGUGACCUCCAUGUGUUCUGUUUCAAACUGUCGCAAGCUUGGCUGUGUAUCGGGAGCAGCUUCUUUCAAUGAUCAAGGAGGGAAUACGAACCAAUAUCAUUGGACUGUAGCCUCAACUGGACCUUCCUGCUUCCAGUACGGGGUCAGGUUAGGUGGGAUUGUGCCUACUCCGAUGGAAUGACCACUUAACAUACUGGAAGGUCACAUGACAUGGUACCCAUUUGCAAAACUUGUGCGUUUCAGUAGCUAUACGGAACCCCUCCAGUGUGUGGUGACGGAGACGCCUGAGCCGCUGCUGGACCCUUGUUAUCCACGCAGCAAUUGCUGGUUUAAAUUUGCUGUUGAAAAGCAGCGCUUGUUUGAGGGAAGUGUCUAGUUGAAUAAUGGAAAAGACCACUUGGACAGAUAUUUAAUAUUGUACUAUAUUUUUGUAUUAAAGCGUUGAUGUCAUUGUUUUUAUAUGUUCUCUCUCAUGUACUUUACGGAGUUCAUUCAGUAUUCUGGUCUGUGGACGUACUGCUGUAAUA